AUGCGGACGGCAGAGGCGGAGCUGGAGAAGCAUUUCUCCAAGGAAGGCAAGGUUGCGGAGUGCAGGCUCGUGCUGGAUCCGCGCACCAAGGAGUCGCGCGGCUUCGCAUUCGUCACCAUGGAGAACGUCGACGACGCGCGGCGAUGCCUCAAGUACCUCGACCGCUCCAUCCUCGAGGGUCGCGUCAUCACCGUCGCGCUCGCAAAGAGGAAGCGGGCCCGAACCCCGACUCCUGGCAAGUUCUUGGGCACUCGUAGCCUGAAGGAGUCUGUUGUGGUUGGCGGCGACCGCAAUUAUGGUGGUGACAGGGAGUUCAAUCCUCGCCGAUCAUCACCAGACUACCAGCCCUACCGCCGAGACAGAUCACCGGAUUACGGCCCCUAUCGUGGAGCAGCCGCUGCUGUCUCCCACGUGGAUGCGAUAUCCAGUGACGCGCAAGACGAAGAGAGGCUCAUAGGAUGGAAGGGGGAAAGCUUCAACUCAACCAGGGAGGACGAUCCAUCCCAGCGACAAUGGAUAGAGCUCAUCUCGUGGGAGCCCCGGGCCUUCCUAUUCCACAAUUUCCUGACUGCCAAGGAGUGCCUGUAUCUGAUUCACAAAGCAGCGCCCAACAUGGUCAAGUCAACUGUAGUGGACAGCGACUCAGGCGGCUCCUACAGCAGCAAGAUCCGGACAAGCUCAGGGUCGUUUCUGUCACGGGGAUCGGACGAGGUGGUGGCUUCGAUAGAGAAGAGAAUAUCCGACUUCUCGCACCUGCCUGUGGACCACGGGGAGGCCAUUCACGUGUUGCACUAUGAGGCCUCCCAGGAGUACCAGGCGCACUUUGACUAUUUCCACGAUGAUAUCAAUACGCGCAAUGGGGGGCAAAGGCUUGCUACCGUUUUGAUGUACCUCUCUGAUGUGGAGGAAGGCGGCGAAACAGUGUUCCCAGCAGCGGAGCUCAUGCCAGACAACAUCCACUCACCGAUACCGCCGGACUCGCAGCUCUCCCAGUGUGCUAAAG